AUGGACUCGCGGGUAUCGGAGCUGUUCGGCGGCUGCUGCCGGCCCGGAGGGGGCCCGGCCGUGGGCGGAACCCUUAAGGCUAGGGGGGCCGGCGGCAGUAGCGGCUGCGGGGGCCCAAAGGGGAAAAAGAAGAACGGAAGGAACAGAGGGGGCAAAGCCAACAACCCUCCGUACUUGCCCCCCGAGGCUGAAGAUGGAAACAUCGAAUAUAAACUGAAGCUGGUGAAUCCAUCCCAGUACCGCUUUGAGCACCUGGUGACACAGAUGAAGUGGCGGCUCCAGGAGGGCCGCGGUGAGGCUGUCUACCAGAUUGGGGUAGAGGACAAUGGGCUGCUGGUGGGGCUGGCUGAGGAGGAGAUGCGGGCGUCCCUCAAGACCCUGCACCGGAUGGCAGAGAAGGUCGGGGCAGAUAUCACUGUUCUGCGGGAGCGGGAAGUGGAUUAUGACAGCGACAUGCCCCGGAAGAUUACCGAAGUGCUGGUACGAAAAGUCCCUGACAACCAACAGUUCCUAGACCUCCGUGUGGCCGUCCUGGGCAAUGUGGACUCAGGGAAGUCGACUCUGCUUGGAGUCCUGACCCAGGGAGAGCUGGACAAUGGGCGGGGCCGGGCUCGGCUCAACCUUUUCCGCCACCUGCAUGAGAUUCAGUCUGGCCGAACCUCCAGCAUCAGCUUCGAGAUCCUGGGCUUUAACAGCAAGGGAGAGGUGGUGAAUUACAGUGACUCACGGACGGCAGAAGAGAUCUGUGAAAGCAGCUCCAAGAUGAUCACCUUCAUCGACCUGGCAGGCCACCACAAGUACCUACACACUACCAUCUUCGGCCUCACCUCCUACUGCCCCGACUGCGCCCUGCUGCUCGUCAGUGCUAACACUGGGAUUGCUGGCACCACAAGGGAGCAUCUGGGGCUGGCCUUGGCCCUGAAAGUGCCCUUCUUCAUCGUGGUCAGCAAGGUGGACCUGUGUGCCAAGACCACAGUGGAGAGGACAGUACGCCAGCUAGAGCGGGUACUCAAGCAGCCUGGCUGCCACAAAGUCCCCAUGCUGGUCACCUCCGAGGAUGAUGCUGUCACUGCUGCUCAGCAGUUCGCCCAGUCACCCAACGUCACUCCUAUCUUCACGCUGUCCAGUGUGUCUGGAGAGAGUCUGGACCUGCUUAAAGUCUUUCUGAAUAUCUUGCCACCACUCACCAACAGCAAAGAGCAGGAGGAACUCAUGCAGCAGCUGACGGAAUUCCAGGUGGAUGAAAUCUACACAGUACCGGAGGUGGGGACGGUUGUUGGAGGGACACUUUCCAGUGGGAUUUGCCGUGAGGGGGACCAGCUGGUGGUGGGCCCCACGGACGAUGGCUGCUUCCUGGAGCUGAGAGUGUGCAGCAUCCAGCGCAACCGCUCUGCCUGUCGUGUGCUGCGAGCUGGUCAGGCUGCUACGUUGGCCCUCGGGGACUUUGACCGUGCACUUCUUCGCAAGGGCAUGGUGAUGGUGAGCCCCGAGAUGAAUCCCACCAUCUGCUCAGUGUUCGAGGCAGAGAUAGUCCUACUGUUCCAUGCCACCACGUUCCGGCGAGGCUUCCAGGUGACAGUACACGUGGGCAACGUACGUCAGACAGCAGUGGUGGAAAAGAUCCAUGCCAAGGACAAGCUGCGGACAGGGGAGAAGGCAGUGGUACGUUUCCGCUUCCUGAAACACCCAGAGUACCUGAAGGUGGGCGCCAAGCUGCUGUUCCGGGAGGGUGUCACCAAGGGCAUCGGCCAUGUCACUGAUGUACAAGCCAUUGCAGCAGGAGAGGCCCAGGCCAACAUGGGCUUCUGAACUCCUCCAGGCAGGCACAGCUGCAUUCCUGUCCCUACAAUACAUAAGGUGACUUCUGGCCAUGCUGCCCACUGUUGGCGGCUCUGUGUGUUAAUAGGCAAGGGAGAGACCAGUGCUCUCUGCCCCAUGCUCCCUGCCACCUUUCUGGAGAGGUGCCAAGCUCGGUGUGGCCAGGGAGGGGCGGUCCUGAGGGAGAAGACAGGAGAAUUCAGGGCAGUGCUCAGCAGCUGUGUGCCCACCUGGUUGGCUCAUCAACCCUGGCAACCCCAUGGCCUGUCUACUGGAGGGAGCUGACCGCCGCCACCUUGGCCCCACUGUCGAGACUGGGCAUGAUUUGCCGGUGUGGUCCCUGCACUUCAGGAAUUGUCACAACAACUGGGGGUGGUCCUCGAAAGCACUCCUUUUUCUAUACCUCUUCUCAAGGCCAUGUAAGUUGCCCAUCUCUACUUGACUGUGGACAAAAGACAUUUGCUCCUGGCCAUCUGGUGGCCUAGGGUCUGAAGAAAUGGCACAGGGACAGAGCUCCCACCU